AUGGCUACUACUCCGGACAAGCUUGCUCCGCCAAGAAAGACGGAUGAUGCUGACCCUGGAGCUCAUGACUUAGAAACCUCGGACUCGGAAGACCACUUCUCUGAUGCCAAAUCAGCACCUGCAAGCCCUGCACGCAACUCGCCGAUUCCCAAGACCCGGGUGGAGAAGGUUACCACCGAGCCCGCGUAUGGCGAGACGCCGGGCACUGAGGCCUACCGCAAGCGGGAGAACGAUGCCGAACCGGAUGAGAUAGCCAUUAUUCCAGAGGAAUCGUCAGAUCCGUCGCCCUCUCAUCCUCCCUCAUCUCACUCGCCCGAGAUCCCUACAACGGUUGUGAUUGAGUCCGCUGGCACCACUGGCCCCCACUCUCCGAGAUUUGAAGAAAGAUUACGGGAAGAGCAGAAAGCAGAUGCGAAGCCUGACGUGGUAUUGAAGCCAGAUGAGGAAGAACAAGACAUGGGCUCAAGUGGUGAAUCUGAUACGUCAAUACCAUCACCGAACCUAAAGCCUCUUCACUCACCCGAGCUCACUCGGAAUCUGUCUUCGCAGUCAGUGGCCAGCACAUCUUCUUCGGCCCAAGACCGUGAUCCUAAAGAGCAUAGCGAUGAAGAAAAGGAUGACGAAGAGGAGCAAGAAGACGAAGAAGAAGAGGAAGCAGGAGAAGAAGGAGAACAAGAUGACGAGGAUGGUGACGAUGAUUUUGGAGACGAUUUUGACGAUUUUGAGGAAGGAGCUGAAGAUGCCGACUUCGAUGAUUUCGAGGACGGCUUUCAACAGCCUGAACCUGUCCCCUCGCCCGCUCCCGCUGCCCCCACUGCCACUGCUGUCCCUGUGCCCAGCCUUCCCUUCUCCAUACCCGAUUUUGAAGGAUUAGAGCCCGAUGAGGUGACCGACGCCCUCGAUCCUUACAUACACUACCUCUUCCCACCAGAGAAUCACGACACCACACACCUCCCUCCUGUGUCCAAAGACCAGCCAGUCUUCCUCACCGCUAGGAGUGCCUCGUUGUGGUCCCAGCUAGUCGCCCCUCCCCCUAUCUCCUCCGGAUUGGAUCCGGUCUCCAACAACGCGUCGUCUACCUCUGUUGACUCUCAGGGCCCAUCCGCCUCGCAGCGGCGCAAAGGUCCGCCGCCCGAGCCCAACCUUAACCUAGUAUCAGCAAAGCAGCUCUGUACGACGACAGACGAGGCCCUCGAUGGCAUGACGAACGGUGAGCUUAAAUCCCAUUUGGACAGCCUGACGCAACUCCAGGCAAGAGCCAAGGAGGCGUUAGACUACUGGCAGAAGCGAACAGAUGAAAAGAUUGGCGAUAGGGAAGCGUUCGAAGGCGUUAUAGAAAACUUGCCUGAUGUUAGAGCCCUGAUGCUGACGGGCCAUGGACUGCUCACGAUAUCGGAGGCGUUUCCUCCCACCAUGGGCCAGCUCGGGGAGACAGAUCCCAAGGAUCUGGACGUCGGCACCCUCAGCCCUCUCACCCCAGAAAUUAUCGCCAGGCAAGCGACUAUAAACAUUGGAACUAUCGGCCACGUCGCUCACGGAAAGUCAACUGUGGUCAAGGCCAUCUCGGGAGUCCAGACCGUCCGUUUCAAGAACGAGCUGAUUCGCAACAUUACCAUCAAGCUUGGUUACGCCAAUGCCAAGAUUUACCAGUGUGAUAACAAGGCCUGCCCCCGGCCUACUUGCUACAGGAGCUACAAGAGCGACAAGGAGGUUGAUCCUCCCUGUGAGCGGGAAGGAUGCAGCGGUACUUAUAGGUUGCUGCGUCACGUCUCGUUCGUCGACUGCCCUGGUCACGAUAUUCUGAUGAGUACUAUGUUGUCUGGUGCCGCGGUCAUGGACGCCGCCCUUCUCCUUAUCGCCGGAAACGAAUCGUGCCCUCAACCCCAGACCUCUGAGCACUUGGCAGCUAUCGAAAUUAUGAAGCUGGAUAAGAUCAUCAUUCUUCAGAACAAGGUUGAUCUCAUGCGGCAAGAAGCCGCCGAGCAACACUACCAGUCCAUCCUCAAGUUCAUCAGGGACUUCACGCUGGAUCCCUACAUGAUUGUCAUUCGAUCUUUUGACGUCAACAAGCCUGGUGCUGAGAUCCACGAGCUUAAGGGUGGUGUCGCCGGUGGCAGUAUUCUCCACGGUGUGCUAAAGUUGGGUGACGAGGUCGAGAUCCGACCCGGUAUCGUCACUCGUGACGACAAGGGUGCACUUCAGUGCAAGCCAAUCUUCAGUCGCAUCGUCACCCUGAACUCUGAGGCCAACGAUCUCAAGUAUGCCGUCCCCGGUGGUCUGAUUGGUGUCGGUACCCGCAUCGAUCCCACUCUCUGUCGAGCCGAUCGCCUCGUCGGCCACGUCUUGGGCCUGAAAGGCCGUCUUCCCGAGAUCUACAGCGAAAUCGAAAUCAACUUCUACCUCCUCCGCCGUCUCCUCGGUGUCCGCACAGCCGAUGGCAAGCAGGCCAAGGUUGCGAAGCUCUCCAAGAACGAAGUCAUCAUGGUCAACAUUGGUUCCACAUCCACCGGUGCCAAGAUUUCUGCCCACAAGAACGACGCUGCGAAGCUUGUCCUCACCACCCCAGCUUGCACCAACAUUGGCGAGAAGGUUGCUCUCAGCCGUCGUAUCGAGAAGCACUGGCGGUUGAUCGGAUGGGCUACCAUUGUUGCUGGUGUCACGCUCGAGCCUACCACGAGCUAA